GAUUAUAUUGACUUUGUAAGAUGAAAAGCCCGCAAUUUCAAAUGCAAAAGCCUGUCUAACUUUAUGCUUAGUGGUGAUUGAACUGAUUUUAUUUGACUUCUGUUGCCAGUCCAGUAAAAUGGAGGUGAAUGGAAUUUAUUAUUACACUCAAAGCAUCAAACAAACACAUUAGAAAAUCAGCAACUUCUCUGUUCAGAAACAGUGUCUUGCUUACUCAGGACAAUUCACAGUUAGAUCAUUUAAAAGAAAGCAUGUGGUUAUUUGUAUGUGGGUUUUAUAACAGUUAUAUUCUUUAAAAAUCUUUUUCCUCAUUAAGUUACAACUACAUCUACCAACUGAUCUGCAUCAUGCUGUGUCUCUAGUGCACUUCACAGGUAGUUAAAUAUUCAAGCCUGCCCACUAUGACCUGCUACAUGAUUAUACUAGAUAUUUAAUUUUUAGUCAUUUUAAAUUGAAUGCCAAGAUGUGAGCUGUUUUUUUUAUAUAUAUUUCUGUCAUCAUGUGAAUGUUGUCGAGAGACAAACUUCACAUUAUAGGUUGAAGUGAACAUGUGGUCAUGUUUCCUUAAUAGGACACGCAGUAUGACUUCUGGUUGGCCAAUCAAAUGCAGUCUUGUCUCUGAAGAGUGAAGAAAAGAUCAAUGCUCUUUUCAUUUCACACGACAAGUUGAACACGAUGACAUCUCCAGUGUUUGCUCUCUAUCUCACAUGUCUGUUUUUAGGGGAAACAGCUGAGACAACUGCUCUGAAAUUCUCCUCAUCUGUUCGUCAAGACAGUAGUUUUAUAUCAGCUAAUGUUGGUGACAGCGUAUCUUUGAGAUGUUCCUAUAAAGGUGAUGUUGCAGCAAAGCUUUACUGGUAUAAACAAACUCUGGGACAGAAACCAAGGAUCAUCUCCACCCUCUACGACUACAAAAGUAAUGGCACUUUUCAUAAUGAAUUCAACAACAAUCCUCGCUUCACACUGGAUACUGAAAACAGUAAAAAUUACUUGAAGAUCACAGAUUUGCACAUUUCAGACUCAGCUACUUACUACUGCGUUAGUAGCUAUUUAUACACGUUAGAAUUUUCAGAGAACAUUAUUGUCAGUGUAAAGGGUUCAGGUUUGAACAUCCAAGCUUCGGUCCAUCAGUCGGCAUCUGAGAGCAUCCAGCCAGGAGGCUCUGUGACUCUGAACUGUGCAGUACACACUGGGACCUGUGAUGAUGGAAAUCACAGUGUUUACUGGUUCAAAAACUCUCAAGAAUCUCAUCCAGGAAUCAUUUACACACAUGGAGGCAGGAAUGAUCAGUGUGAGAGGAACAGCAACACACAAACACACAACUGUGUCUACAAUUUGACAAUGAAGAGUCUGGAUCUUUCUCAUGCUGGGACCUACUACUGUGCUGUUGCCUCAUGUGGACGGAUAGUGUUUGGAAACGGGACCAAGCUGGACGUUGGCUACUCUUCUGUCUUGGUGUAUUUCUUGAGUGGAGCUUUGGUGUUCACCACCAUCCUCAGUGUUUUACUGGCUUUCUCAGUGUACAAGAUGAAGAGAAACAGCUUCCAAUCUGCAGAGUCUCAAGCAACAUUUUCAACUUCCUCCACAACAAAUGGCGAGGGUUACCAAGAAGCAGACAACCUGCAUUAUGCUGCUUUAAGUGUGAACCUGCCCAACAGACCAAGAAGAGCGAGGAACAACACCAAGAAUGAAUGUGUGUACUCCAGUGUAAAGCAGUGGAAUUAGAAAUGUUGCAUUUUAAGUUUUUUUUGAUAUUCAAAGUGUGAUGUAGAUUUACAUGUUGAUCUUGAGAUAAAUAUAUUUUUAUAGCUUCCUUGUGGUCUGCAGUCAAAAGAUAAGAUCUCUUUAAUCUUAGAUGAGGUUAGUUAAUGUGCACAUUUAGCAAACGUCUCUGUUGCUUUUAUCUUUGUGGUUUCAAGCAGGAUAUCUUAUAAUAAGAAGAAAAAUCUGUAUUUAAA